ACAAAAUAGCUGCUACACUACGCGAGCACGCUCUAGUCGGCGCCCAUUUCAUCGGGGAUUAUCACCGACGAAAAUUCGCCCGUUCAGAACGCGGAUACUUUCUACAAACCGCGGCAGAUAAGCGUGUGCAUAAUCUUACCGGAAGCGGUUUCGACGAGUCACACACGUCCCCCACGUCGUCGUGUUCAAAUCAAACAGUUUGAAAAGUGUUUUUCACACAUGACAUGUUCUAUCAGCAGAGCGUCAGCGCCUGGCUCAAGGAGAUCCGUUCGAACGCCGAGUACUACGAACCGAUCUCGAUAUUUUCGACGUCGUCUUCGGAAGGUGGUGCGGACCAAGGGGAUGACGUCGUCCGAGGCGGUAUGGGCGAUUUGGUAGACGGUGCGACGUCGUGGUUUAGCGUCGGAAGAAGCGUCGUCGAGCUGGUACUGCCCGUCAACUACGGCGAGGAGCGGUGCGUGUCCGUGUUGUUCGGGGAGACGGCGGAGGACCUGAAAGUGUCGCCGGUGUUUUACGAGGCUGCGGAGUGGGACGAGGCCGAAGACGUGAUGAUGUGGAGACAGGAGCUGAGAUUUCACUGCGAAGAGGAGGAAAGUGUCCUGGAGAACGAGGAAUUCAUCAACUCAAUAAAAAUAGAAGAUGAAGCCUCACAUUCAUUUCCCAAACCACAGAAAUUUCCAGUAUUAGAAGAUCUCGUGGUGGUGAGGAAGAAGACUGUACCAAAUGCCGUCAGGGCCAAAACACUCAACUACGACGUAUCAGGAUGUUCUCAGGGCAAGUUGAACGAAAUAAAGGGUGUGUCAAAAAUUGUAAUAGGUGAUGAACUGUGCGCGAAAAUAAACAGACAGGAAAAGUUGGUAUUCGAGGAUAAUGAAAUACAUGUUAUUGGCAGAACUGGCCAAAAUAAAGUGAUUAAAGAGCAGGUGGAACUGAGGCCAGGCAUUCAACAGUUGGACAAGAAGAACGUAGUCCUCCACGAUGUCAACAACAUCCCGAUCAAGCUUUUAUUCGAUACUUCCAAAGACGCCAAAACCUUCGUGGAAAGCGAACGCCUGAACUCACCACUAGGCGAAAAGAGUUCCAUCAAGACCAAGCUCCUCCGAUUGCUGGGCAAGAGGUCGAGCAGGGAAUUCCUGGUGGAGAAGGGAAUCUACAUGAACGAGUCCAUCUUCGGCAACACCAUCCAGAACAUCUACCAGAUGCAAGAUUGCGUGCCGGAGUUCCUCACCAAGUCUAUACAACUGAUAGAGAUACCCAACAACAUAAGUCAGGUUGGGAUAUAUCGAACGUCGGGCAACUUGGCCACAAUACAAAAGAUCAGAUUCGAGGUGGACAAAGGCAACCUGAGUAUUUUGGAUCAGUAUUACGAGGACGUGGACGUUUUGACCGGGGCGCUGAAGCUGUUUUUUCGCGAGUUGAAAGAGCCCCUGAUACCUUUGAAUAUCAGCGAGGAAUUGUUAUCAUCCUCAGAUAAAUCACCUGGCACGGUCGACUUUAUUAUUCGCAAGUUACCCAAAGCCAACUACGAAACCCUGAUAUGUCUUCUACAGCAUCUUUUGAACAUAGUGGAACACAAGGAAACAAAUAAAAUGGACAUUUACAAUAUGACGAUAUGUUGGGGGCCAUCGCUGAUGUUCGUACCAGACAACUGUGUGGACAUCAUGGCGCAGUCUUCGAACAGCAGCAAAGUGUUGGAUCUCCUACUCAACUUUUAUAAUGAUCAUCCGAAGGAUCUAUCUAGAAACAUAGAACAAAUUGACGAGAAAGCAAAAAUUGAGGCGAAACAUUGGAAAGAUAUGGAAUUUUUGAAAGGACAUAAAAAAAGUUCUAGCUGUUCAAGCAUAAAUGAUACAACCUAUGAAAUCGUCACUAGGAUGGUGGAAUUGAUAGAGGUGAACGCUAGCACUGAGGGUUUGUACAAGAAAACUGGUUCUCAGGUGAAGAUAGACAAGAUCUCGAAAAAGUUGGCCAAGGGCAAGCUGAACGACAUCGAGAAGAUCAAAGGGGAUAUUCAUGACUUCGCAGGUGGCCUAAAAAAGUUCAUCAGUGACCUAACGGAACCAUUUAUUCCAAAAGAAUGCUUUGAAGACUGCAACUGUGAUAAUUUCAACCACAACCUGGUUAAACAAAAAUUGAAGAAAAACAUAGACACUACAAAAAGGAAAGAUAUUUUAACCAUACUACUCAAGCAUAUGGUGAGGAUACUGAAUGAAGGAAAGAGCAAUAAAACUACACUAGAUGACAUAUGUUCCUACUGGAAGAACGUCUUGAUCAAAACAAGUCUGGACGAUAAAUUGAAAACUAAAUAUAUGGAGAUUCUCUUGGAAAUUUACGGAGAUUACAAGGUGCCGCUACAAAUGGAAGUGCCUAAUCCUAUGCCUGACGUCAUCAAAGACAUUGAGGCAAUGGCGCGUUUCAGUAAAUACGAAAAUAUCAACUUGACGCAACAGUUGAAGUUCACAAAAGACGCGACGAGAGGUGAGGCCAAUAUCCUGGAAGAAAAGACUGACAAAGAGGCAAACGAAAAAAAAUAAAUUGAAAAUGUGUAAAUAUGUUUUCGCUUCAGAUUGAAGAAUGGUGGGGUUUUUUAAAUUGAUCGCUGGUAGAAAUUGUUAUUUUGAAAUACGAUUUUGAAGACAUGAAGUUUAUUUAAUUUGCUUUGAGAUGCUGCGUUUGAUUUAUUUUUCAAAUCUUGUUUUGUGGAUAUGUUUCACGCAAGAUAUAGAAAAUAUUGACCAAAUUCACGUUUUUAGAAUCUUUCUGAUUAAAAUUCAUGUUCGUAUUUCGUUUGAGCUUUUUCAUUCGAGCACACUCAAAAUAAUUCAUAUCUAAAUUUUCUGGAUGGUUUGAUUUGCAAAUUUCAAAAUUUUGAAUUUUACCUUAUGAGGGAUCUAUUCUGCCACUGCAUUAGUGAGCACCCAUUUUAUUUAUUGGAUAAAUCUUGAAAAUUGAUUGAAACUAAUUGAAAAAAACAGAAUGUCCUAUGCUGCUUCAUUCCUUAGGUUUGAAGUUCAAAUUUUACUCGUGAUAUUUGGAAUUUUAUCUUUUUUAUCAGAUGGAUACAUGUGGGGGAAACAUAUUAUAGAAAUGGAAAAACAUUCAGGAAAGUAAAGUAUUAUAAAUAGUGGCAAUGAAGUUAAAAGUUAUAUUAAAUGGAAAACUACUUCUUCCUGAUUUUAAAAAUCUAUGAAAUUCAUGCUCAAUAUUUUGAAUGUAUACCGAAUUUCACAAUCCUAACUUCCAAAUCUUCAAAACACAUUGGAAAAUAUGGCAAACUACCAAAAAUUUUAGGCAGAUAUGAAAUUCCCAAUGAAACAGAUACAUUUAAUUUUCCUUCUAAAUUUAAUAACUUUUUUAUCCGCUCCUAAUUAAUUUAAUUCGGAACAAAUAACCCAAAAUAUCUGAAUUUUGAAGAAUUUUUGAAGAAACUCGUGAGUUGCUGAAACCAAUUGGUUUGUAUUUUUAAACUGUUGAAUAUAUGUGUAUAGUUAUUUAUUGAAAGAUAUUUUGAGAUUUGAGAGUAAGUUGAAUUUAAAUUUCAUAAUUUAUUAGAUAGUAUAUUUGAGUGUUGAAGUUCUCACAAAUAUAUGAUUUUGAUUUAUCAGUUAUCCAAUAAAGAAUAAUCGUAUGUUACAUUUUAUUCAUUAGAUAUUAAAGCAUUUUUCUCAUUCCAAGUUCAAUUAAAAUGAACGUUAUCUUUAGAAUUUAUGAUGAAAGAGGUUUGGAGUUUAGUAAUGUAUUUUUUAUAUUCCAAAAUUUAUAAAAUCUAUUAUUAGUUUCGUAAAUAUCUUGAAGCUUGCCAAAUAUUUAAAAGGACAUAUUUUAUUAAGGACUAUUUGUUUUAUAUUGCAUUAAAUCCUUUUCUUUGAUUUUUAGGAUUUAUGAAUCAAUUACAUUUUGAAGUCAGACAAACACAGUUUUUCAGAAAAAUUCUGGAUGUCUGUAUUCUAUUUUAUUCAUCAUGUGGUGAGAAAAUUUUAGUGAUAAAAAUUGAAUGUGAUAUUGCAAAUGAUUUUUGAACGUCUGCAUUCACAGAUGUUCAAGAACACAAUAUUUAUUGUGGUAUUUAGUUUCAUGAGUAAAUUUAAAAAUAAUUUAAAUAACUUUUAAUAUAAUACUCAGAAUUAUCCCAAUAAUCAACUACUAAAACAUAAUGCCUUUUGUGAUCCAGCCAAAUUUUUAGACAGAAAUGUUUCAGGUUUCUGAUUGAUCGAAUAUUUGAAUUGAAUUUUUCUACAUAUUAAAUUCGAUAUCGGGCUUAUGUGUAUCUAUAUGAAACUGAAAGAGGUACAUUAUAUAUGUAAAUAGGUAUAUUCAAACAGAAUUGAAUACAUAAUUUAGCUUGUAGUGCCUUUAGAUGUCCUGCUAUAUAUUUAUACCUUGUCGAAAAAAAUCAUUCCAACCUAAAUGUAUUUAAUAUUCGAUCCUGUAUUUUCAUUUGAAUAAAUCUUAUAUUUAUAUGGA